UUCAUCUUCAACGAACUGGAUUAAUUGUUUUUGGCUUGCAUUGCAAAUUUACUCAUAAUUUCUCCAAAUUUACACACAAGAAGAGAAGAGACGUCGAAUUUGCCAUACCAGAAAUGCCGAAGCUCCCCGGGAUCUGCUCUACUGUUUGAUCUCCAAAUCACUUCCUAGUAUUGAGAAGUGAUCGCACUCUUGGACUCCUUCAGCGGCCAUCUCCGAGUUCGCAUCCCAAGUAUGGAGUCUCCCAAAGGUGGAUCCGAGAGGGAGAAACCGCCGAACACUUCAUCCUCAACUUCCGCCGUUUCCGUCGUUUCUAGUUUCUGGAAAGAGUUUGAUUUAGAGAAGGAGAAAAGUGCAUUGGAUGAACAAGGACUUAGGAUAGCUGAAAACCAAGAAAAUAGCCAGAAAAAUCGCCGGAAGCUUGCAGAAAGUACAAGAGAUUUCAAGAAGGCUCAACCAGAGGAAAAAUUGAACUUGUUUAGUUCUCUACUUAAAAGUUACCAAGAAGAAGUUGACAAUCUCACGAAGAGGGCAAAAUUUGGAGAAAAUGCUUUUCUUAACAUCUAUCAGAAACUUUAUGAGGCUCCAGAUCCUUAUCCUGCUCUUGCUUCAAUUGGUGAACAAGAUUUGAAGUUGUCUGAAUUAGAAACCGAGAACAGAAAAAUGAAAGUUGAGCUUGAGGAGUUUAGAACUGAAGCAACCCAUUUAAAGAAUCAGCAGGCCACUAUUAGAAGACUUGAAGAGCGCAAUCGGCAAUUGGAGCAACAGAUGGAGGAGAAAAUAAAAGAAAUUGUGGAAAUCAAGCAACGCAGUUUGGCUGAAGAAAACCAGAAGGCAUUAGAUGCAAUAAAAGAAAGGGAAAGAUUGUUGCAAGAUCAGCUAAGACGAGAACAAGAAAGUGUUUCAAACAUGAAAAAGCUACAUGAACGUGCCCAAAGUCAAUUGUUUGAACUUCGUGCUCAGUCAGACGAAGAGAGGGCUGCAAAACAGUCAGAGGUCACUCUUCUGAUGGAUGAAGUUGAGAGGGCUCAGACACGGCUUCUUAGUCUUGAACGGGAAAAGGGACUCCUGCGCUCCCAGUUACAGUCGGCAAAUGAUGAGACUGGCAAUAAGAAAAGUGAUAAUUUAGAUUUAAAUAGUGUCCUUGAGAAUUCUUUGAGUGCGAAAGAAAAGAUUAUCUCAGAAUUAAACAUGGAACUUCAUAAAGUUGAGACGACUUUAUCAAGUGAACGGGAACAACAUAUUAUUGAGAUCAAGAAUCUGAAUGCGUUGAUUAAUGAAAAGGAAACUGCUAUUGAUGAGAUGAAGAGAGAGCUUCAAUCGAGACCAACAGAAAAAAUGGUUGAUGAUCUGCGGAAAAAAGUGAAGAUUUUGCAAGCUGUAGGUUAUAACUCAAUUGAGGCUGAAGAUUGGGAAGUUGCCACCAGUGGGGAAGAGAUGAGCAAAAUGGAAUCUCUUCUUCUUGAUAAGAACCGAAAAAUGGAACAUGAACUUACACAACUUAAGGUUAAACUUUCAGAAAAAUCAUCUUUGGUGGAUACAGCUGAAAGCAAGAUAGCUGAACUCACAGAAAAGGUUGUCGAACAACAGAAGUUGAUUCAGAAGUUGGAAGAAGACAUAUUAAAGGGGUACAACUCCAAGGACCAAAAGGGCAGUUUAUUUGAUGAAUGGGAUCUUUCUGAGGCAAGGGGUGAGCUUUCUGAGAACGUAGAUCGAAAACAUUUCCCCUCGGAUCAAGAUCAAAGCUCAAUGCUAAAAGUAAUUUGUAGUCAGAGGGACCGUUUUAGAGCACGCUUGCGAGAGGCAGAAGAGGAAAUAAGACAACUGAAGGAGAAGAUAGGACAACUUACAGUUGAUCUAGAAAAGACAAAAGCUGAUAACGUCAAAUUGUAUGGAAAGAUUCGUUAUGUCCAGGAUUACAACCUUGAGAAAGUAGUGUCCAGGGGAUCAAAGAAGCAUGCAGAGGAUCUUGAAAGUGGUUCCAUGUCCGACGUUGAGUCUAAGUAUAAAAAAAUUUACGAGGACGAUAUAAAUCCAUUUGCUGCAUUCUCCAGAAAGGAAAGGGAUCAGAGGUACAAAGAAUUGGGCUUCAGAGACAGGAUCACACUCAGCAGUGGACGAUUUCUUCUGGGGAACAAGUAUGCCAGAACUUUUGCAUUUUUCUAUACAAUUGGGUUGCAUAUUUUGGUAUUUACAUGCCUUUACAGAAUGUCAGCACUGAGCCAUCUAAGUAAUGGUCCUGACGAAUUUCUUGUUGGAGAUAAACAUGUAAACCUCCCACACGCACUUUAAUCUCCUUGAUUUUUGGUUUUAUCAAGCUACAGACAAGGUCAGGGAUACAAAUCAACUUUUCAUUACAGAAUGUACAUGAACAAUUCAAAAAGGAAAAAAAAAAAAAACAAAAAGAAAAAUCUUCUUUGAUUACUGUAUAUUUAGGCCAUUGAAUAUAGUACUGGCUUUUCUGUUUUUGUCUGCUUGUUUCAAGUGAUCUUAUUUUUUUGGUACAGAGUUGCUCAUACAGUCUAAUUUUAUUUCAAUUGAGCAAAUUUUAGAUUGGAAA